GACCUCAAGACAACUCAGAAAUUAUUCCCUGUGUUUCGGUUGUUUUGGUAUCGCGAAGGCUUUCUUGAAAUGAUUUGAACCCCAUUCGAUCAUUCUACAAUCUGAAGAAGGACUGAGAAGCGCAAAUCUUCAAGCUGUGAAAGGCUCCUCCCUGAGACGUCGCCAAAAAACAGAGAGGUGCAACCACCACAAAAGAUGGUCCUGAGGUCGGGCUGGACGCUGUGGCAGCUGAGAAAUGUCAUCCUGGGAACGCUGGUGAUGUUCGUGCUUCUUAACGCCUGGAUUAUGACCAUUACUUUGCAGGAGCAGACAAAACAACAAACGGACUCGUCAUGUGAAGAACAGAGAGACGCGCUGAUAGAUACAAUCAAAACAUUCAACAAGAUACUAAGAAGACGAGACAACACUGGAGAGGAAGUCAGCAAACCACUGGUGAAAGCUAGACAUGAGGAUAAAUCAAUAGUCUGUGAAGACUGUAGCAGAUCUGGUCUCGUCGAUACAGAAGCUGCCAGAGUUUUAGGGAAACCACGCAAGACAAAGGGAUUUUUAACCAUCGGCAUCUCAACGGUGAAAAGAGACCAGAAUAGCCAGUACCUCGGCAUCACAAUCAACUCACUCAUCGAGCACACUACAGAAGCCGAGCGGGAGCAAGUCACUGUCGUCAUUUUCCUAGCGGACUUCGACAGCUAUCACAACAAGAAACUGUCUGUAGAAAUUUCCCAGAACUAUUCCCAGCACCUGGAUGGCGGGUUUAUGCAGGUGAUACAGGCGCCGAUAUCAUUUUAUCCACAACUAGAGGGCUUGAAACAGAACUUCAAUGAUUCGGAGGAUCGCGUAAAAUGGCGUUCCAAGCAAUGCGUGGACUACGCCUUCCUCUUUAGCUACUGCCGUGGUUUGUCGGAGUUUUACCUACAACUGGAAGACGAUGUCGUUUCAUCAGAACACUACCUGACAACAAUAAGGGAUUACAUCAAAGCUCAAAAAUCCGCCUGGUCGAUGCUGGAAUUUUCCGACCUCGGGUUUAUAGGAAAACUUCUCAGGUCUUCCGACUUGCAAAGACUUGCGGACUUUCUUCUGCUGUUUUACGAAGAGAUGCCGAACGACUUCUUGAUUCGACACUUCCUGAAGUUGUUACCACAUCGGCAGACGUUCGUACGACGGCCGUCGCUGUUCCAACACAUCGGGAAACGCUCUUCACUGGUCGGGAAGGAGCAGAACUUAGUUGACGCCUUCUACGUGGACACGAUGAAGAGACAGUACAACGAUUCUGACAACCCACCAGCGGUGGUGAGCUCGGACAUGGCCGCCUUCGGGGAGUUCAAGCCGCAGCUUGCCUACGGCCCCGAACCCGGCUUCUUCUGGAUCGAGGCGCCGCAGAGCGGGCAAGCGUUCUUCGUUCUUUUCGAGAAACCUGCAAGACUUUCUAGGAUUGUCAUAGAGACCAGCUCUGAACAACACCCGAAGGAUAUCCUUGAGAAGGGCACAGUACAAGUCAGCCCGAAACUUCUGUCUAUGAGCCAGCAGGAUGACACUCCGAACUGUGCGGACUACGUCAAACUAGGAUACUUCGAAAACGGAAGAUUUGAGAUGGCGACUCAGGGCAUGGAAGGACUGGGGUCAGUUGAGGUGAAGUGUCUGAAGGUCACGGUCACCGAACAGCAGAAGAUGUGGAUACUGGUGAGGGAGAUCGCCGUGUGGACUGUAAAGAAAGAAAUCACCAAAGAAACCCCGGCCAAAUAAUUUCAGUGUGGUCGUGUGGCGUAGGGGCAGAGUGCGUGACUCGGAACUAAGAGUCCCGGGUUCGAGUCCUGACAUGACACCGAUCUUGUGCCCUUG